AUGGAUGGAAGCUGCGAUCGUACUGUAAAAAAUGCUUUGUCAGGAGACUCUUGUCAGUUCCUGCUGAGCCAGCGGCGCCCGGCCGAGGCCGCCCCGAAGCUGCUGCGCGCGCUGGCGCUGACGCAGCCCGAGCCGCCGCUGUACGAGGACGCCGUCAACGCCGCCACGGCGCUGCGCCUGGCCGGGGACCUCGCCGCCGCCGAGGAGCACUACCGCCUCGCCGUGCGCCUGCGCCCACAGGUCCGUGCCAUUGAUUCAUUGAUUGAUUGA